GUGUUCGUAGUGUUUAUAAUUGUAACGUAACCUCGUAACAAUGGAUUUAUUGUACACUGUAAAUAGAAAAGUGACAUCGAAACCUUUUAUAAAUCAAGAAAGCCUGUAUGAAGGACAAUCUCUGUGCUCAUUAUCUAGUCGAAAUAUAGCAGCGUUUACUACGACCACAGAAUUAGAUGACAAUAGUGGAAAAACAUGGGGAUCUCAUGUUUAUGUAUGCGAUUUAAACAUGCCUUGGCAUAUUCAUAAGGUAUUGUCAAAUAAGAAUACUAUUACGUCAUUGGAAUGGGAUUUACCAGGUGAUAAAUUAGUUAUUGCUGAUUUUACUGGAAACGUACAAUUGUGGAUGUUUAAAGAUCAUGUCCUCAAUGAUUGGGUAUUAAUUGGUUCCACUUGUUUCAUUGGGGAACACAUAUUAGGUGCAGCUUGGUUUCAUAAUGGGAAAAAGACAGGACUUGUAACUGAGAAAAAAGAUAGUAUUCAUUAUAGUGAGAAAUUUAAUCAUUUACCUUUUGCUCCUUCUGUAAGACAAUUUGGUGGUAGAGCAGCAGAAGGUGUAUUGGUAGUGUCAACAACAGGCAUGGUUGGUGCAGUUAUGAUUACAAAAGAUUUUCUAAAUCCUAUUUGUUCCUCAACUGAAAGCUUAGGCAGUACAAGACAUAGAAUAACUGCAGUUGACUUAUGUUAUGGAAAAAAUGGUCAUAUUUUGGUAGCUGUCAGCAGUGGAAACAUUUGUUUACCAAUCAGAUGUUACAGAGUAUUAGUCCGUAAAAAUGAUGAUAAAUGUUCUAUUACGUCACAGGCACUCCCAAGUUUCUUCUUGCAGGAUGGAGCACCUAAAGACAAUACAUAUACGAGUGUAACACACUUAAAGUUUGUAGUUCGGGAAGAUGCAGAUUCUUUGGUUGUUGCUGUUAAUAGUGAAACUGGAGGUAUUGUAGAAGUAUGGGAAUUGCGAGAGAAAUCACAACCAGUUCAUAAGCUAUUUCAGCCUAAAACUUUAGAACCAUUUAAAACUGUAGUGGUAUGGCAACAUCAAUCACAAUAUCGUUGUCAGUCUCCAAUAACAGCAAUAGCAACUACAAAACUAUCAAUAGUAACUACAUUACCACCUCCAAGUUACGUUGUAGUAGCUUUGGCAGACUCAUCGGUACAUUGUUUAAGUCGUGAUUGUCUAAAAGAAAUAUCUUUAUCAUCUUUGAAUAUGGCUUGGCGAACUGAUGAACCUAAUAAUAAGUAUUUUAAAAGUUCAAUCUCUAUAGCAAGUAUAGAUCUGUCCUGGUUAGGUUGUGUCCUCUUGGCUUGUGAUACACGGGGAAAUUUAUAUUUAUACAAAUUGUUGCCAGAUGGAGGACCAUCAAUGACAUUAACUUACGCAUGUACACUGUUAGAGUAUUGCCUAGUAACUGGAUUGGACUGGUUGGAUAUACUUUUCUGCUUAAGAUCUUCAAUGAUUGAACCAUUAUGUGAAAGAUUGGAUGUUUCUUUCAAUAGGCAAUUACAGUCCAUACAGCAGUAUCAUUAUAUUCAAUUUCUGUGCAUCAAAACAUCGUUAUAUAGAAUGUUAAUAUCAGGGCAGAGUAAGGCAGCAGAUUUAUCGUCACUGCUUAUGAUACAUUCAGUAGCAACAGCUUUUAAAUCCUUACUACGACCAUCAGAUUUAAUUUCUCAUGAUAAGGGACCAGCGGAGAGUUUAGCAACAGUGAUUAAUGAUGCAAUUACUGAUGUAGAUAAGGUACUUUUACAUCUUGAUCCCAAAGAAUUUACAGUAGAACCAAGUACGCUUCAAUCGUUACAACAAUUAAUUCAGUGGGUCGCGGAUCUGGCUUUGAAUAUUUUAGCGCGUCUUCCAGAACAGCGGCUACAAAUGAAAUCUGGCGGUUAUGAGCUUCUAAAGGAUCACAAGGCCUUAAAUACACUGAGAGAGUUACUUGUAAUUAUACGUAUAUGGGGUUUAUUGCGUCCGUCGUGUCUACCAGUAUUUCUUCGUAGUGCAGAUAAUCUCGACGUAUUGGCCUUAUUGUUCCGUUUAUUAUCGAAAUUGGUCCAACCAAACGGUGAUACUCAGGCUCAGCAGAUAGAUGACGGACUAAUUGAUGACUGUUGCCUGCUACCAAAUCAGAUCAUGAUUCCCCAGUUACAUCAGGGUAAUAGCAUAACAGCUAUAGCUACCCCUGUUCUUUUCUAUCAGAGUUUUCCCUCACAGUUGGAGUAUGGUGUAGAAUCUGAACAAUUAUUAUUUGUACCUGAACUUAAUCCAGUUGAGGGUUGUAUGCAUAGUGGACAAAUUGUAGAUGGUAUUAGGCAUUUAUACCUUGGAAAACAACCACUUCUUGUUAAACAAUGUACAAGGUGUGGGGGAAAAGCUCAAGUCCAAAAUAUGACAAGAACAGCUGCAAUUAGGGCAUGGGAUCAAAGGUGGGCAAGAGCUUGUCGUUGUGGUGGUGUUUGGCGAAUUCAUAAGACUUGUCCAUAAAUAAUUAAUUGGAAGUAGUGCAUGGAUAAAUUUUGUAUACAAUGAUUACAUUUGCGAUUUUGUACAUUAUGUGGCAAAUUAUAUAUUAAACAUUUUUAUUUAAGA